UUGUUGUUGUUGUGGUGCGUGCGUGAACAGCAGACUGGCAACAAUAUCAACACAUUGACGUCACGUGUGUGUGUGAAGUAUUGGAAAACGGAAUUGUAACUGUGCUAAAAUAAGAGUGCGUAAAGCUGAAGGAAUCCCGAUAGGGAAACCGCCAGCAGGAAGUGUGGAAUUUCCAGCCAGGAUUCUAUGUCCCACGGAUGCAGUAGCGGCAGUUCGGGAUCGAGGGUCGAUCCAGACAAGAGAAGUGGCAACGGGCCUACCGUAGCGUGGGCUAGUCCAUAGCGCUGCGGUUGGUCUACACGGCAGGCUCCAACGUGCUGCAAGCAAUCUACAGCACAGGCGUACAGAGAACUCAGAAAGGAUGGGGAUGCAACCCGCGGCAACUGUGAAAAUCUUGCUGUCUGUAACAGUAUUUCUGACUGCUACAGCACAAAAAGAAUUAGGGUACUCCUUGGAGAGGUUGUGCAUAUAGUAGCCUAAUGGAGGGUCAUGUGAGUGAAAGGCUUCACACUCGAGAGAAUCGCAUCCUUCUGCUCAACUUCCUUCUCACUGAACUAGAAGCUGCAAGGAUGAUUAAUGUCAACAAACCUGACUUGAGUAAGACGAUGGAGGUACAGUUGAAUGAAAGUUCAACUGCAAAUGACCUAAAGACAAUGCUUAUAGCACUGAGAUUCCCAAAGCCACCAGCCAACAUUACAUCUUCCCUAUUAUUUGGGAAAGUUGAACCAAAGGUGAAAGAAAUUCUAGAUAACGCCUCUCCUCGGUUAGUAGGGAAGCCACUAUUUGUAGGUGUACUGUCAGGCAAGCAGUGGCACCAACUUUCUGAAAUUCAAAAUGAGCUGCAAGAAGAGUACCGCAUGCGGCGGGAGAUGUUGAUCAAAAGGCUUGAUGUCACAAUACAGUCGUUCCAGUGGUCAGAACGUGUGAAGAAUCAAGAAGACCAGAUAGCAUCACUGUUCAUAUCGCGGAGGAAGGCCAUGUCUGCCACACCUGAUGUUCACCUGUCAGAUUUGUUAGCAGCUCGUGAGGAUCUUGCCAUUAUUGAGAAGACAAGCAGUGCUUCUGUGCGCAAGAAUACACAGUCUGCCAUUAACAAAGUGAUCAUUGGACGGGUUCCUGAUAGAGGGGGUCGGCCAAGUGAACAACAACCUCCACCCCCCGAGAUGCCAAGUUGGCAGCAGCAGCGUUCUGGAGGUGGUGGAGAUGGAGGCAGAGGAGGAUUUCAAGGUGGUAGAGGAGGUGGGGGUGGAGACCGAGGAGGCAGAGUUCAGGGAGGAUGGAAUCAAGGUGGUGGUGGAGGUGGUUAUCAAGAUAGAGGUGGUGGCUAUCAAAACAGGGGUGGAGGAUAUGGAGGAGGCAGUUAUCAGGAUAGAGGAGGUGGCUAUCAAGAUAGAGGAGGCAGUUACCAGGAUAGAGGAGGUGGCUAUCAAGAUAGAGGAGGCAGUUAUCAGGAUAGUGGAAGUGGUUACCAGGAUAGAGGAGGCAGUUAUCAGGAUAGAGGUGGUGGUGGUUAUGGAGGUGGCUACCAGGAGAGAGGGGGUGGUAGAGGAAGGGGUGGUGGUCGUGGAGGCAGAGGUAGGAACAAUUACUAUUGAUGGAUGGAGUCAUUUCCCUGGCAUCUGUCUGUAAAAGUUUGUGAUAUAAUGCUUACUUCAUGGUCUUGAAGAUCAUUCGACAUGAAAGCAAUCCUUAUUUUGAAAUCCAAGCCUGAAUGCAGGAUAAUCGUAAAGAGUUCUUUCCUUUAUGACCAUUGAGAAAGAGACUGUGUGAGUCCUUAAUGGUGUCAGUAUGUUGACAGAACAUAGCUAUUAAAUGUAUGAUUGUUAAUGAGUAAUGAAGCGAAACAGGAAAGUGACUUAUCACUAAUGCCCUAAAGUAUAGCGAGUGAAGUGUGUAUAUUGAUAGCUUAUUUUAUAACUUUUAUGCAUAGUAUUGUUUCCGUUGUGAGAUGCCAGUUUCUACAGAUAAUCUAGUGUUUUCAAUGAAAAACAGUAUUUUCUGGAGAAAUGAAAUAACAGGCUUCAAGCUGACAUAGAUUUGCUAUCACAUCAGUUGCUUAUAAAUUCCAUAUUGAUUUAAAUUAUUUUACUCUUUCGUUUAAAUUAACUGAUAUGGAAAUGGUUACAUAUAUAUUAUAUAUGCCUUUACAGUGGAAACUGGUUACUUUUCUUUGUUUAUGUACCACUUUAUAGUGAUCAUAAUUGUAACAGCAUAAUGAUGUUGGCAAGAAUGAUUCUUCAAAGACAUCUCAUGAAGUUCGAUGGUAUCUGAUGUUAUGUGUAUAUUGUGUACAUGAAAGUCAAUCAACAGUCGAGUUCUGUUAUAUUGUA